AACUGGAAAUGCUGACCUGUAUUCCAAAUUCUCAGGCAUCAUAAAUAUGCCUGGUUUCUUCUUUACUUCUUGCUCUUGUGUCUCAUUUCUCUCUUUGUUUGCCAAUCUCUCAAAACCACAUUUCUUUUUCUUUUUUGACCUUUGCAUGAUCUACUUCAAAAUGUCUCUCUUUCUUUGCUUUCUUCUCUUUCUCGUCUCAUCUGUAACUGCCUGUGAUCGUUGUGUGCACCAAACCAAGGCUGCUUAUUUCUCCAAAGCUUCUGCACUUAAUUCUGGGGCUUGUGGGUAUGGUUCCUUAGCACCAGGUUUCAAUAGAGGAUACCUUGCAGCUGGCAUUCCUACUCUCUACAAAGAUGGGGCUGGUUGUGGUGCCUGUUUUCAGAUAAGAUGCAAAAACAAAGCCCUUUGUAGUAGCAAAGGCAUUAAAGUGAUCAUGACUGAUCUCAAUCGCAAUAAUCAGACAGAUUUUGUUCUUAGUAGUAGAGCUUUUAUGGCCAUGGCGAACCAGGGCAUGGGUCAAAACAUUUUAAAACUUGGGAUUGUCGAUGUCGAAUAUAAAAGGGUACCUUGUGAAUACAAAAACCAGAAUUUGGGCGUGCGAGUAGAAGAAUCAAGCCAAUAUCCAAAUUACUUGGCCAUCAAAUUGUUAUAUCAAGGUGGUCAGACAGAAAUAGUAGCAAUUGAUAUAGCUAAGGUUGGUUCUUCAAACUGGAGUUACAUGAGCCGGAACUACGGGGCGGUAUGGGAUUCGAGCAGAGUUCCGGCGGGGGCUCUGCAAUUCCGAUUUGUGGUAACAGCUGGAUAUGAUGGGAAGUGGAUUUGGGCAAAGAGUGUUCUUCCUGCAGAUUGGAAACCAGGGGUCGUAUAUGACUUAGGAAUUCAAAUUACUGAUAUUGCACAAGAGGGUUGCUCUCCAUGUGAUGAUGGGACUUGGAGAUGAGGCUAAUAGAUAAAUAAACAUUUUACUCUAAUAAGGCCAGCUUUUUAAUACGACACACUACAUAUAUAUACAUAUGUAAAUUUUUGAAUUUCUCUUAUUUAGUUUUAAUCUAUCAUAAAUUCAAGACACAAUAUAUAUGAAGUAAUUCACCUAUCAAA